CGCCGGGCGCCGGGGCUCAAAUCCUCCCGGAAGCGAACGCAAAUCUCCUUCCCAAAUAAAAACCUCACCACUCCUGCGGACUGCGAGCCUGCGGCCCUGUCUCUCUGUGUGUCCUCCACCUCCUCGCGCUCUCGCCUCCCUUCCCAACACCCUCUCUCGCCGCCGCCGCCGCCGCCCCCUCGCCGGAACCCUAAAUGGACGCCGCCGGCGCCGGCGCCGGCGCGCCCUACGCCUCCCGCACGGCGGAGGAGGUCUUCCGCGACUUCCGCGGCCGCCGCGCCGGCAUGAUCAAGGCCCUCACCCAAGAAGUGGACAAGUUCUACCAGCUCUGCGACCCCGAAAAGGAGAACUUGUGCCUUUAUGGGUACCCUAAUGAAACAUGGGAAGUGACGUUGCCUGCUGAGGAAGUCCCCCCAGAGAUUCCUGAACCAGCACUUGGAAUCAACUUUGCUAGGGAUGGCAUGAACGAGAAGGAUUGGCUGGCACUAGUUGCUGUUCACAGUGAUUCCUGGUUGUUGGCUGUUUCAUUCUACUUCGCGGCACGGUUUGGAUUUGACAAAGAGGCAAGGAGGCGACUCUUCAACAUGAUAAAUAACCUGCCUACAAUAUUUGAAGUCGUGACUGGGGCUGCAAAGAAGCAGAUCAAGGAGAAGGCCCCCAACAGUACGCACAAAAGCAAUAAUAAGCCAAGCAUGAAAACUUAUUCAAAGCCUGAGUCCCAGUCAAAGGCCCCAAAGAUAGCAGCGCCCCCAAAGGAUGAAGAUGAGAGCGGCGAGGACUAUGGAGAAGAAGAGGAGGAAGAGCGCGACAACACCUUGUGUGGUACCUGUGGAACAAACGACGGCAAGGACGAGUUCUGGAUCUGCUGCGACAACUGCGAGCGGUGGUAUCAUGGGAAAUGCGUCAAGAUCACGCCUGCUCGAGCCGAGCACAUCAAGCACUACAAGUGCCCAGACUGCAGCAACAAGAGGGCGAGGGCGUAACGGCGACAAACAGCACCAGCAGGGCGGCAGGACUCGGAAUGGAACCAGCGCCAGCACCAAAUCGUCAUCGUCGAUGCCUGCUGCAGCCUGCAGAUAUGGCCUAGCUGUCUAGCUCAUCAUAGACUCGCCUUUCGUUUCAGUCGAACACUGUUGAUUCACCCUUGACCCUGCAGUUCGUUCAUGUUGGUCCGACUCUUCACUUGUGUGUUUUAAACCGUUGGUUGGUUGGUGUAGUAGUGUUGUACCAGCUUCGAUCUCUUCAGCGGACAUGUCGAAGACGUUCUUCAACUGAAAGGACCCGAAAGCUGACACCAUUGUUUCUGGCUUUGUUAGCCUCGUCUCGUUCCUGGGCAUAUAUAUAUAUCCAUCUUGCUGGUCU